GCCAGGCAGCGAGAGCCGACGCGCAGCUCUGCGGGGCUGCUGGCAGCGGGAGCCCCAUCCCGGGGCUGCACCCACCUCAUCCUGCCCUGAAGCGACCCCGCGGCCGCCCCAGCCUGCCCGGGCGCGUUGUCCCUGAAGCCAUUUGCUUUCCUUGGGAAUGCUCGGUGGCAGGCAGGACUGAGACAGGUGUCUGGGAAAUUUGUUGCGAAACAGGUGAAAAAACCCCCUCAAACCCCACCAUCGUAGUGUAGAACUGUGCAGUAAAAUGUGUAUCUGUGCAUGUAGAUGUGUGUGUGUGUAUAAAUAUAGGAAUAUGUGUGUAUAUACAAAAAAUUAAUAAGAACGAGGAGAAACUCAACCAAAAAAACCCCCACCUGUCCUGGUCUUUUAUUUGCUGCUAAACAUUUACAUGGAAAAUGCAACCCUGUGACCUCGAGGCAAGCGAUGAAAAAGUGGAAAUUAAUUUCCUGACAUUGAAAGGUCACUACAUCAGGGGCGUACUUUAUCUCACAUACUUUAUAAAUGUGUUUCAGUUUCUUUCUGUUGCACUUUUUUUUUUUUUUUUUUUUUUUUUGGUUUCUUUACUGAGACAAUAUCAUUUAGCCUAUUUUUAAGAGCAGCAAAUAAACCAGUGGAAAUUGACAUUAAUCUAUCUCACCUGCUGCGGAUAUCCACCCCCUCAACCUCCUAAGGUAGUUUCAGGUUGUUAACAACCUGAAUGUUACACUUGACUAUUUUAGAUACCGUGGUUUCCACAUUCAUCUCACACAUCAAGUAAAAACAUUACCCUUAACCAGUUUUGUAUAUUACGUGUUUUUUAUUCCAUGACAGAUACUAUGAGUGGGCUGUCAAGUGGAAAGAAGAAAACACUGAAAAUUUUAAGUGGUCAUUUCACAGUAUUUAACUCUUUUGAGAAUUUCAACCCUUUUCUGAGGUAUGCGAAAACAAUUUAAGUGAAUGGAUUUACACUGAAACAUAUGUUUAAAGUUGUGUUUUGUGCUGUUGACCUGGUUCUCCCACUACAGUCUGCAAGUUAAUGUGAGUACAUCCUUUUGCUUCUAAUCUUUGGGGGGAAGUGACGAGGGGGGUUCUGUAUUCUUAAAUGACUUCUAAAGUCAAGAAAAUGAAAAAGGCAAUGCUCUCUAUUUUUUGCUAACUGAGAGUAUAGGAUUAAGAACUCUUCUUUCACUACUCAGUAGCAAGGCAAGGGGCCUUCAUUGUGGCCAAAUCUUGGGAAGUGAAUAUCUGUCUUUACCAGAGGAGGGUAGGAAAUGCUUUUCCCAUUAUUCCUACAUUAUUCCUAUUCCUAUGACCUUUAUGGACAUGAGAAAGUAGUGCAGAAAGUUCUAGUUAGUUGUCUAGUGCUGUUUGGCCCUGCUUGAGAUUAAUAAUCUAGGGACCCUGAAUUUGUGUAGAUGGACAACCGGUUGCAACUGGUGUUCCAAGGACUGGUGCUCACACACAGCUUUGAUUGGAUUACCUGUUUCUUAAAAUGCCCGUGACAUUUUAUGUUCUAAUUUUUGCAACAUUUAUGUCUUUAGUUACAGUGAACCACUAUUAGCAAUCGAGAAUUUUCCCUACUGGGGAACUUUCCAAUAAUGGGGAAGUUUCCUGAAGAAGUAGGUGUAGUUACAUCAACAUUUAAGUUGUCACAUGAAGUCUUUCAACAAAUAGUUCUGUUUUUCCUGUCUUCUUCAUUUGAUAGUGGGGCAAAUAUGCAGCAGCAGUAGUGAGGAGCAUUUUGCACAGUGAAUAUAUUUUGCUUUUAAAAAAAUAUUUGCCACGGCUGUUGGAAGCUGACAGGAGGACAGAAGGGGCGUUGUGGUAGGUUCUGUAAGAAAAACAGCAACCAGAUAGCUUUAGUAAAGGACUUUGAUUGACAUCAAGGUCUCAAACUGAUCCAGAGGAUCCUUCUGCUCAGGGUGAAACAGGAGAAGGUUCUAUAAUGGUUAUUGCAGUGGUUUUCUUUUUUCAUGCACAUCUGGAGUUGACCUGGACCUACAUUUUUAUCUCUCUGAAAGUGAAAAAUUGAAUACAGCAGCAGACUUUCUCAGGCUUGAGGAAAUCUGAGUUAAUCAGAACACCUCUCCUGGUGAUCAUGCCAACAUUCAGAUUUCGUUCAAAAAGGUGGACAGGGGUUUCAGGCAUGAGUAUGGGUUCUAUAUACACCAUGGGAAGACCUUUGGUUUUGUAUAUAUUUUUAUUCUACUGGCAUUUCCUAAAUGCUUUAUUCACUGUUGAAGCUCCUCAGUCACUCUACACUGUGGAGCAUGGGAGCAAUGUGACCAUGGAAUGCACAUUUCCAGUGAAUGGGAAAUUAAAAUUUAGAGAUUUAAGUGUCAGCUGGGAAAAGAAAGAUGAGUUGAAGCAGGUUUAUGAACUUGUCAAAGGAGAGGAACACUUCAAAAAUCAGCACAGUGACUUUAGGGGAAGAAUAAAAUUGUUGAAAGAGAAUCUGAACUUGGGACAGUCUCUCCUUCAGAUCACUGAUGUGAAGCUCAGAGAUGCAGGGGUUUACCGCUGUGUUAUUGCCUAUGAGGGAGCUGACUACAAGACAAUUCAUCUAAAAGUAAAGGCUCCUUACAGAAUUAUAAACCAAGGAGUGGGGAGCACAGGACACAACGAAUGGAAGCUGACGUGUCAGUCAGAAGGAUACCCAGAAGCUAAAGUGAUAUGGCAAAACAGAGACUAUGAUGAUUUGACCGAUAAGGCAAACACAAGAUACGAAACUGGAAGUGACCAGUUGUACCGUGUGACAAGUACCCUUACAAUCAAAAGUGGAAUUGAUGAAGUUUUUUACUGUAUAUUCUGGAAUAAAGAGCUGCAAGAAAAUACAACUGGCAUUUUACACAUAGCAGAUUCAGCCGAUGGCAUUCUCCAGACUAAGAGCAGACGCUUUGUUGGAGCUGCUCUCAUUGCUACUGCUUUUGUUGGAUCAGGGCUGCUAUUUAUGUUCUGCAUAAGAAAAGCUAGAGCAAAUAGGGGCAACAGAACACCUGUGGCAAGUUCAUCAAUAGCAAACCUGUCAAAAGCUAAGGAUACACAUGACUGCAGAGAUGCUUCUUUCGAAGACAGAGAGUUGAAAUAUAUGCAAAUUGAGAAGACCUAGAGAGACGAGGGGAAGACUUUUUUCCUCAGUUGUGAAGAUCUUACAGCUCAAAUGUUCUGUCUGUUAAAGGGGAUAUUAAUUUUUUGUAUUCAUUGUCUGAUGGCAAUCUUAAGGAAAAAAAUGUAAUGAAGUUAAAG